GCUGCUUCCUGUUUCUCUGUCAGGGGAAGUCUCAGUCUCGGCUUCAAAAGCACAAACACGCUCUCACAGCAAAGGAAGCCAGUCCUUGACUGCAGAGGAAGCAGGAAGCGGCCGGCCCCGCUCGCAGCCCAGCGGCCGGGGCUCAGGGACAGCGGCAUGGAGUCGGUGGCCCUGUACAGCUUCCAGGCCACGGAGAGCGACGAGCUGGCCUUCAACAAGGGGGACACACUCAAGAUCCUGAACAUGGAAGAUGACCACAACUGGUACAAGGCGGAGCUCCGGGGCGCAGAGGGCUUCGUGCCCAAGAACUACAUCCGUGUCAAGCCCCACCCGUGGUACUCGGGCAGAAUCUCCCGACAGCUGGCGGAAGAGAUUCUGAUGAAGCGGAACCACCCGGGAGCCUUCCUGGUCCGGGAGAGCGAGAGUUCCCCAGGGGAGUUUUCCGUCUCGGUGAACUACGGGGACCAGGUACAACACUUCAAGGUGCUGCGUGAGGUCCCAGGGAAGUACCACCUGUGGGAGGAGAAGUUCGACUCUCUGAACGAGCUCGUCGCCUUCUACCGAACAACCACCAUCGCCAAGAAGCGGCAGGUGUUCCUGCGGGAUGAGGAGUCCGUGGUCAAGCCGCCUCGGGCCUGCUUUGCCCAGGCCCAGUUCGACUUCUCCACCCAGGACCCCUCCCAGCUCAGCUUCCGCCGCGGUGACAUCAUCGAGGUCCUGGAGCGCCUGGACCCCUGCUGGUGGCGGGGCCGGCUCUGUGGGCGCGUCGGCUUCUUCCCUCGGAGCUACGUCCAGCCGGUGCACCUGUGACCAGAGAGGGCCCGGGGCGGGGCCGGCAGACGUAGGUGCACCGGGCGCUGAGGGCCAGAAAGAGGACACGGGCGCCCCCAGCCCAGGGCCUCAGACUGCGCAGCCGGCCUCCUGCGCUCCAUGCAGACUGGGAUGGGCCCACGCUGCGUCCCGGGCCCCCCGGACUUGGGGAGCCCCGGGCCCGGCCAUCCUCUUCCCACUGGCCGCCCGCUGUGACGUCACAGGGUGGCCGGCAGGGCCCGUCCACCCGGAACACCAGUGGCCCCUCCCAGGGAGGGACCCCUAGGUCCCACCCACCUGGGGCUCGAGCCGAGGACCCACGGCUGGGUGGGUGACUUCGCCUUGGGGCCUGCCUGCCCCUCCAUCCAAAAGCCCCAAAGGCUGGCUGCUGGGGAGGUGGCCGCGGCCUGCACACCGUGUCCUGGACUUGCUGGGCAGACUCCAGGUGGAGAUGGACUGCUGGGCAGCCCCACGAAGCCUUUGGGGUCCCCCCCGGCCUCCAUGGCCCCGCUGCCCCAGACACACUUGGUGGGGCACGGAGGCCCUGAGGGAGGGCGGGCAGGAAGUCAGGGAGGCCCCGAGGGCAGACUGGCUGUGAGGGGCCAGCCCUGGACGUGGCCACCUGGGAGACGUAGCUGCACCUGCUUGUUUGUUCAGGCCCAGGUUCGGCACAGACCCAGGGCCUCGGGAAGAGUGGGGGGCUACAGGCCCGGUAGGCAGUGGAGGCCAGAGCUGGGCUUGGAGGGCCAGCAGCACCCAGAAUAGGGUAGGCAGUCUCGGUGGGGCCCCGGCUGGAAGAAGGGCAGGGUGUCCCUGGGGAAGGGGCCACCAGCAGGAGGUCCAAGCAGCACCUGCUGGGACCUGGGGUCCCUGGUGCCCAGGCAGACGGAGGGAGCUCGGAAGGGGCUUCGCAUGCCAGGCCGGUGGAGGGGCGGUGAGCUGUGCCCGGGGAGGGGAGGCUCCAGGAGCAGGUGGGGUGGGGAGGAACCCGGGGGGCUGGGGCCCGAGACCCUUCUAGCCCUGAGCUCUGGCGGGUUGGGCUGCUCUGAUCUGGGCCCGUGAACCCAAAAUAAAAACAGUGAGUCUGAGGCUGUUCA